UCGCUGGACGGGGGUGUGAAUUCACUGAGGCGCCCACCUCAUCCCCCUAGAGCUGGGAGCGGGAGCGCUUGAUCUUACAACAUCAUGGACGAGUUUGCGCUAGAUUUCCUCACCGCCGCGGACGAGCCGGCCCAAGUGCAGAAGGAGGAGGACGGCCGGGAUGAGAAGGACGGGCGCGAUGAGAACCAACAGUCCGAGCCCGGCACCCCCGAAGCCAAACCCGGCCUGAGGAGCCGGGUGUUACGGCGGGGGAUCCUCGGGGCGGCGAACAUGCAAGACAAGCUUUUGGAAAAGUUUCUCUCCGAGGUGAUCCCCGUCGACGGCGGGCAGAUGCACGAUCCCGACGCCUCCGAUGACGACUACAUGCCGGCCUACGCCGAGCGGCCGGGCUUCACCGUGACGACCAUGUCGAACAACUUCCGGCGGUUCAACGCGCGCAUCGGCGUCAUCUUCAAGUUCCAGGCGCGCGUCAUCCGCCUGCUCUCGUGGCGCCACCCCAGCCAGACGCUCUCGCUGCUCGGCGUCUACACCUUCGUCUGCCUGGACCCGUACCUGCUCUGCGCCCUGCCCCCCGUCGCCGUCCUCCUCGGCGUGCUCAUCCCCUCCUUCAUCGCCCGCCACCCGGCCGCGCCCUCGCCCGCGGCCCCGUCCUCGUACUCCCCGCGCGGGCCCCCUCUCGCCCCGGCCCGCACUGUCAAGCCCGUCAAGGAGCUCUCGCGCGACUUCUUCCGCAACAUGGGCGACCUCCAGAACAGCAUGGAGGACUUCUCCGUCCUGCACGACCGCAUCGUCUCGCUGGUCGUGCCCCGCACCAACUUCUCCGACGAGGCCGUCUCCUCCGCCGCCUUCGUCCUCCUCUGCGCCGCCGCCGCCGCCAUGUCCAUCGCCGCCCACCUGCUCCCCUGGCGCCAGCUCCUCCUCGCCGCCGGCUGGGCCGUCAUCUGGUCCUCCCACCCCUCCGCCGCGCGCCUCCUCCGCCGCGCCGCCCCGCCCGGCUACGUCGGCGCCCAGGGCGCCCGCGCCCGCUCCCUCCUCGCCUCCUGGGUGGGGCGCGACAUCAUCCUGGACUCGGCGCCCGAGGCCCGCGAGGUCGAGAUCUUCGAGCUGCAGCGCCUCAGCCCCUCGGGGUCGGGCGAGUGGGAGCCGUGGCUGUUCAGCCCGUCGCCCUACGACCCGCUCUCGGCCGCCCGCAUCGCCGGCUCCCGGCCCUCGGGCUCGCGCUUCUUCGAGGACGUCCUCCCGCCCGACGGCUGGGAGUGGAGCGGCAAGAAGUGGGCCCUCGACCUGUGGAGCCGCGAGUGGGUCGAGGAGCGCAUCAUCACGGGCGUCGAGGUCGAGACCGAGGGCGAGCGGUGGGUCUACGACAUACACAACGAGCACGAGGUCACCGCGGGCGUUGUCGAGUACCCGCCCGGAUCGCCGCCGCCCGGCGGCCGACGCCCCCCCGGCGGCCUGAGCUGGGAGGAGGGCGAGGAGGGCACUGGUAGGCGCGGCGAGUGGAGGCGGAGGAGGUGGGUGCGCCUUGUCAGGAGGAAGAAGGUUGGCGUUGUGGGCUGAGUUGGAACGGACUUGUUCCGGCAUGACCUCAUUCUCCUGCCUCUGUAUUAUAUUACAAGCAUGACUGGCAUGAUUACGAACCUACCCUAAUGGCCGCCUCCCUAGAAUGGGCGUGGCAUCGAGGCAACGAAGAUAUCUAUCAUUCAGACGAGAAAGCAUGGCACACACAUAUAUAUACCUACCAUCCGGCGAGCCUCGCUGCAGCCAAGGAAAUUCGAGAGUCAUGAACACCGCACUGAACGGCAGUAUCUUUUCUGGCAAAAAUAGUCAUGUAGUUAUGCCUACAACGCUACCUAUUCCGCUAGUACUUCUAAAAAAAACUUAACUGUCCAUGGAUGCCAAACAGGCCAC